UCUUUUUCUCAGCCUGAGUGAAGUACCCUCCCAACCCUCCCAACCCAGUAUCCAAGACCACGACCCCAUGGAAGGGACCUCGGCAGCUGCAAAUUCUUCAAGCCUCCCUCCUCCGUCCCAAAGGCUAUCACAGAUAAGGCGUCGGAAAAAGAAGACGCGAGACGAUGUGUUCGCAGAAAUCAUGGAAUCCACCCGCAGUGACAGAGCUCAUCUGAAUGAGUGGAAGGACAUGGUUUCAAAGUAUAGGAAAGAAGCCAGUGAACGUGAGGACAUGAGGGACCAACGUGAGGACAGGAGAGAUGCUCAAGAUGAGAGGUGGCGGCAAGAAGAUCAGAGGAGGCAGGAUGCAAUGCUGGGACUGCUGCGUGAGCAAACAGACAUGCUCCGGCGUCUGGUGGAGCUUCAGGAACGGAAGCAGGAUAACAGAGUGCCACUACAGCCCCUAUAUAACCCCCCCCGCCCUCACCAUGUUCCAUAGCCUCCUCAUCCAGACAUGUAAGAACGCGGGGGGGCGGGGGGAGCGAGGCUCCAUACACCUUCCCAUUCCACCCCAGUGGACAGCCCAAGCAAAAGGCUGUCAUUUUUUUAACCUUUUUUUAGUGGCCUUUUCCUUCCCGCCGA